UUCAACAACAUGUUGCUAUAUUGUGUGCCCAGAUUCAGCUUGGUAGGAUCUAAAUUCACAGUUCGAACCAGGGUUGGCAUCGAUGGAAUGAAAAUUGUAGAGACUCACAAUGAAGAAUAUCCACAUACUUUCCAGGUAUCUGGGAAAGAGAGAACACUGGAACUGCAGGCCAGUUCUGAGCAAGACAAAGAAGAAUGGAUCAAGGCCCUUCAAGAAACUAUUGAUACUUUUCAUCAAAGGCAUGAAACCUUCAGAAAUGCAAUUGCAAAGGAUAAUGACAUUCACUCAGAGGUUUCUACUGCUGAACUGGGGAAAAGAGCCCCAAGAUGGAUCCGAGAUAACGAAGUGACGAUGUGUAUGAAAUGCAAAGAGUCUUUCAAUGCAUUGACGAGGAGAAGGCAUCAUUGUCGAGCAUGUGGACAUGUGGUUUGUUGGAAGUGUUCCGACUACAAAGCUCAACUUGAGUAUGAUGGUGGUAAAUUGAACAAAGUUUGUAAAGACUGUUAUCAAAUAAUUAGUGGAUUCACAGACAGCGAAGAAAAGAAAAGAAAAGGAAUUUUAGAGAUUGAAUCAGCCGAAGUAUCUGGAAACAGCGUGGUGUGCAGCUUUCUUCAGUACAUGGAGAAGUCAAAACCGUGGCAGAAAGCUUGGUGUGUGAUCCCCAAGCAAGACCCUCUUGUGCUGUACAUGUAUGGUGCCCCCCAGGAUGUCCGAGCCCAGGCCACCAUUCCGCUCCUGGGCUAUGUUGUGGACGACAUGCCACGGAGUGCAGACCUGCCACACAGUUUCAAACUGACCCAGUCCAAAUCUGUGCACAGCUUUGCUGCAGACAGUGAGGAGCUGAAACAGAAGUGGCUGAAAAUCGUCCUUUUAGCUGUCACAGGUGAGACACCAGAUGGUCCAGAUGAGCAUCCGGCCACCUUGGACGAUCAUCCUGAACCUAAGAAAAAACUAGAAUGCUGAACUCCAGGACCAACCAAAGGGUGGUGGUCUCAGGACAUUCCUAGCUCUCCUUACUGAUCUCUUAGCACUUUAUGUUGAAAAAUAUAGGCUCAUAAAUGCAUCUUUUGGGGACUAUUUUCCUAUGUUUAUGUACUCAGUGAAAUUAAUGUGCAGAGCCAUUCUACCGAUAAAGUUUUGAAAUGUGUUAAAAAUGGAGCAUUUUUUAUGAGCGAUUCUUUAAAUAUGUACUUUUGUCUUGAAGAAAAUGGUGUCAAUUGAUUCUAUCACUAUCAGGUUAGAACAGGCCACUUUAACUUAAGAAGUCCUUUAAUGUCUUCUCUUUCACAAGUAGCACCUAUAACAGUUUGAAAGAUAUACCUCCAUGUUGCCAAAAUAGAUCCAUGGUGAAAAAUACAGGGACAGUUUAGUCUAUUAUAUAAACUUAUUUAAUUAAGUUUAAAUCUCAAGCUGCAUAAAUGAUGUUAUAAAAGAAAGUACAAAUUGUUGUUCCGACUUUUGACUUAUUAAGAAAAGAUAUUGGUGGUUUUUGUAGAAAUAUUCCUAAGAAUAUAAUAUCUUAAGUAUAUCAACUAUGUGUAUAGUAUUAAAGAUAAAUAUAUAUAUACACUGUUUAUGCUUUUCUCCUCAGCUUUAGGUUCACAUUCAUCUCUAAUUUAUUUUUGAAAUAUAAAGCAUGUUUUAUCCUGGAAUUGAGCAGUGUUCUAAACUUAAAUGUUUUUGGUGAUUUAUGUUUAAUUGAUUGGCAUUUAAGGGUAUUGAUAUUUUUAUAAUAAGAAAAAGCAGUGAUUUAUGUGGCAUGGGAUAUAUUACUGAAUUCCAACAGUAUUUUUAGAGUACUAUUUUUUGUUCUGUGCCUAUUUAAAACAGUGCCUCUCUUAGAAGGUGCUAUUAAUACCUAUUUCAAUAUGAGGGUUUAGUUAAUGCAUCAGUCUGGAUUAUUCUAAGGUACAGUGCAUUUUGGUCACUGGGCUGGUCAAAGUCAUACAGAUUAUUUUACCUUUUAGAGUCCUAUAAUUGUUGCAGUAGUUAACAUCAGCACAUACAAAAAUUUUCACCAAAACCUGUACUGUAUAAGACACCUGACCUUUCACAGGACUGGGACAUGUAGAAACAACAUUUAUCGUAAUGUUUUUCUUUUCCAUAAGACUGUUAAGCCUGGUUAAAUGAGGGCUAUACAUAAUGAACAUUUAAGACAACUGUGUAGGCCCAUUCCUUUGUCAGAUAUGAAAAUAAAUUUCACAUGUGAUAACCUAUGUUUUGGGGCAGGAGGUGGUAGAGAGAUUUAAAAAAAGUUUAUGCUCAACCACCUCACCAAAGAAGGCGGGAAAACACAAUAUUGAAAAGCAAUAUUUUAAUGGCAGAUUUUCAGGAGAUACAAAUACUUGAAGAGAGUGUGAGAAUUUUCCCCCUUUUAUCCCUGGGAAAUUUUAAUAGACAAAAUGUGAUUCCUUGUCACGAAGGCUGCUUAUUUUAUUGUACGUGAUUAAAAUCUCACAUUAAAUUGACUAAUUCUUUUCUCAGAUCUUUUUUCUUUAUACUUUCAUACCCCAUAUAUUAUCACUUUUUAAUAUACUAGUCUGCUAGAAAUCCACAAGAAUGACCCUACUAUCCUCAGUCUUUAAGGAUUACACCCUAAAUAUAGAAUAGAUUUACUCAGAAUUUGA